GUCCUUUGUAUGAGACGUCACGAAAGAACGUAGAUCCUUGGGAUGUGAAACCGUCUAGUGAGUCGCCACAAAUGACAUGGGGUGCACCUACAGAAAAGCCAACUAAUUUAGGUCAGUGGGGUGCAUCUGUGAAGCCUCCAAAUGAAAACGUAUCUCCACGAUUGAACACUCCUUCGAAUGAGCCGUCACAAAUGACUUCCAAUACAUGGGGUGCGCCUACGGAAAAGCCAACUAAUUUGGGCCAGUGGGGUGCAUCUAUGAAACCUCUGAAUGAAAACGUCGGAUCUCCCCGUUUUAACACUCCAUCACAAAAGACUUCUAAUACAUGGGGUGCACCUACGGAAAAGUCAACUAAUUUAGACCAGUGGGGUGCAUCUGUAAACCCUCCGAAUGAAAGCGUUAGAUCCCCCCGAUUGAAUGAGCCAUCACAAAUGACUUCUAAUACAUGGGGUGCACCUACCGAAAAUCCAACUAAUUUAGGCCAGUGGGGUGCAUCUAUGAAACCUCUGAAUGAAAGAGUUGGGUCCCCCAGAUUGAACACUCCAUCGAAUGAGCCAUCACAAAUGAUUUCUAAUACAUGGGGUGCACCUACAGAAAAAUUUACUAAUACAAUUAAGGAUG